AAACUGGUCAAGCUAACCGCGAACCGCCCCUGGGUAGCUGUCAGGAGUACGGCUGUGAUAAAACAGCAUGGAGGGUGAUGUGUGUCACCUGAAGUCACUGCCAGGCGGCUAGAUUUAAGAAGUGUAAGAAAAAUAGCGCCUUUAACUCCCCGACAUAGUUUCUGUCAGCUGUCAGUUUUAAUAUCUUCUCUUCGCUGUAGUCAACACUUAGCAUUAAGCUAACACAGCUAGCUUAUCCCACCAGUUGUUGUUGGCUAAGUUCGAAACAUUUGAAGUCUCCACCAGCGACUCGAAAUAACACAAGACAAGGAAACCAAAGCAAAGUAAAUCUUUGAGCGUGUGUCAGGAGGAUAAAGGCCCCCCCUCCCUGUGGGCUGAAUUCAUGAACGUGCUCAGUGCGUAGUCCGAGGGGAUGGGAAGUGGAGUCCGGGAACAACGAGCAUCGCUGACGCAGGGAGAGGUGUUGUCGCUGGCGUCUUCCAGCCAGUCAGAGGAGAAAUAUAAGGGCAUGAAGCGCACUCAUUCCGUCCUCGAUUCACUUUUCUCGGGGGCUUUAGCUGGAGCUGUGGCCAAGACGGCUGUCGCCCCGUUGGACAGAACUAAAAUCAUCUUCCAAGUGUCCUCAGCCAGAUUCUCUGCCAAGGAAGCUUACAGGCUGAUCUACCGCACCUACCUGAAGGAUGGUUUCUUCAGUUUGUGGAGGGGGAACUCUGCCACCAUGGUGCGCGUCAUCCCGUACGCCGCCAUCCAGUUCUGUGCACAUGAGCAGUACAAGAGGCUGCUGGGAGGAUAUUACGGCUUUCAGGGGGAAGCUCUGCCUCCAGUUCCAAGGUUGCUGGCUGGGUCCAUGGCAGGAACCACCGCCGCCAUGCUGACCUAUCCUCUGGACAUGGUGCGGGCGAGGAUGGCUGUAACGCCAAAGGAAAUGUAA